AUGCGUUCCUUUAUCGCCUCUCUCAUCCUGGCCGGUGCUGCCGUUACCAGAGCGCAGGGCACCAUUGACAGCUGUCUUACCGCGCUUGCGAGCGUCGAUACCUCCAGUUUCUCCGACUGCACUGACCUGAGCGACACCGACUGCCUCUGCGCAAACAAGGAUGCUCUCCCCGCGGUACCCGACGCCUGCAAGACCGCCGGCAUUGAUCUGACAUCCCUCAUCUCCGCCGCCUGCGCCAAUACCAGCAAAGGCUCCGCCGCCGCCCCAGCCCGCCACGCCAGCAAGCCCAUGGAGCUCGCCAACGACAAGCGCGCCUACCGUCCCUCAUCAGACGAUAUGGACAUGUCCGCUCCCCGUGUCGUCUAUGUCACCGAGACUCGCACCGAAUGCAGCUGCAAGAGCACUCCCGCUCUCAACCCCAUGCACAUUUCCCAGAUCCCCGUCGAUGUGCCUAUGAGCAGCAGCAUGGGCGCUAUGAUGGCUGCUUCCACUCCUGCUUCUUCUAACGGUGCUAUGAUGGCUGCUUCUUCUUCUGUUAUCUUUGGUUCGCAGAUGUCGGCUGCUACCCCUACUCCUAGCGGUGCUAGUGCCAAUCGCUUCCAUACUUUCCAGGGUGCGGCUCCCAAGACUAGUGCCGUUCAGGGUGGUAUUGCUGCGCUGGGUGUUGCUGCUGUUAUGGGGUUGAUGAUUGCUCUGUAG